UAACUGUUUAAUAUUAUAGGUAAUAAAACGCAUAGAGUUACUGUUGGGUGGGUAUUUGCACUUAAAAAAUGCUAUCCAUUAUUUAUCAUUAUCACAUUGAAUAGAAAUUACUAACAAUUAAGUAUGUUUUAUUGCAAUAGAUAACAACUUCCACAUUUUCCUUUCUUUACUUCAGAGUUAUAAAACAGAAUCACUUUGAGACGAACGUUGACCUUCUACAUACAGAAGCAUGCGCGCUGAAAUAUUUGUGGCGUCAGCGCUGCUGGUGCUGGGUCUAGCCACAUCAGUGCGGUCACAAGACACAAGGCCCAUGGAUGAAAUGAUCAUAGACGCUGCUAAUUCAAGUUUAGAGUUUGAAUUCUUCUAUGACCCCACCAACAGCACCUCAGGCGAAUGCUUCAUCAAGGUGGAGCUGGACAUUGUGUAUAGCUGUGCCGAGUGGCAGGAGUUACUGGACAGAAACAACUCUGUCCCAGGUCGCAGAAAGAGGACGGCGGGAAUCAACCCGGGUCAACGCGGAGGUCAUCGCUGGACCAACAACAGGAUACCUUACGAGCUGAGGAGCGGACACUUCUCAUCCAGAGACAGACAAGUGAUCCAGUCAGCCUUGAGUGACUGGUCUCGAUACACUUGUCUCAGCUUCACGGAGACAACACGGUACAGGAACCGCUUACGAUUCCAAAAUGGCGGCGGAAAGGUGUGGUCAUCCACGAAGUAGGUCAUGCCAUCGGCCUGCACCAUGAGCAGACGAGACCGGACCGAGACCAGCACGUGAGGAUCAUCAGACAAAACAUCCCGCCCAGAGUCUACUACAACUUUGAGAAGUAUUCCUGGACCGUCAUCAAAAACAUGGGCAUUCCUUAUGACUAUUCCAGUAUCAUGCAUUAUGGGAAGAAGGCUUUUACCAUGAAUGGAGGUUUGACAAUACAGACAGUGAACCCCAAGUACCAGAAUGUGAUCGGAAACAGACAUAAUCUGAGCUUCCGCGACAUCAAGUCUGUGAACAUCAUGUACAACUGUAAAGCGGCAACAAGAGGUUGCACAAAGCGAGAUUCGUCGUGUCCCGGGGAAGGUUUUGUGGGCAAAGACUGCAAGUGUUGGUGUCCUGGCAGCCCCUACCAGCUGUGUACUGGUGGAGGAGGAGGAGGAGGAGGAUGUGGAGGUGGAGAAGGAGGUGGUAUUGGUGUUGGUGGCGGUGGUGAUUGA